AUGCGAGGAACUGAUGAAUUUCCUGCUGCUGAGGACGGUUCCGCAUUACUUCAAACGGUAAUACCGUCGGCGGAUGCUGGCGUGAGACGUGGACGUAAAAAGAAGAACAAGAAAAAGGCGCUUUAUGACCAGUAUCUUGCAGAUUCAGGCAGUGAAUAUUCCUCCGAGGUCAGUGAAGGUCCAGACGGAGCCUUGAAUGCGUACGAAUGCGAGGAGUUUGUGCCGGGUAUGGACAUCAAUAUACUCAUCCAGCAGACAGUGCAGAACGUCGUGCAAAGCGUCAGUCUGGAGGAUUACGAUGGCCUGUCACAGUUUGGAGACUACGAUCUAAUCUGUUUUAGUGCUGCAGUAAAACACAAUAGUUCCAUUCUCUCACUUCAGAUAAGGUAUCUUGACGUUUCGGACACGUCACUUGUUUCCCUUUGUCGCGCGUUGGAGGGACAUCCCAGUAUUCGGGCGUUGGACCUCUCCGGCACGCGAGGCGGAAAUGCGACAAUCAAAGCUGUUUUUCGCCUUGUUUGCACAAACCCGAAUAUUCUCUUUGUUCGUUUAGACGAUACGAUGGUGGCCCCCCAGGAUGCAGAUGAGAUACGGGUGACAAUUGCCUUUCGCACAUGUACGCAUUGUUUUUGUUAA